AUGACUGCAAUGGAGAAAAUGGAUGUAGCAGUAAUCGGCGCUGGUGUUGUGGGUCUGGCAGUCGCUAGAGCGCUGAGUUUGACGGGCAGGGAAGUCUUACUUUUGGAUCGCGCGCCACGGAUUGGCUCCGAAACAUCGUCACGCAACAGCGAAGUCAUCCACGGUGGCCUUUACUAUCCCAAUGCAUCGUGGAAGGCUACUAUGUGUGUCAGAGGGCGUCAUCUUUUGUACAAUUUUUGCGAACAACGAAACGUGGCAUACCAAAAGAUUGGCAAACUCAUUGUGGCAACCGAACAAUCUCAAACGCGAGAGGUGCUUCCAAAUUUGUACAAAAAUGCUAAAAGAAACGGCGUCAAUGAUGUGGCGCUUUUAAGCAGGGAGGAUAUCUCUAUUUUGGAGCCUCAAGUGAAGUCUUACGGAGCACUAUGGUCGCCGUCCACGGGGAUUGUCGAUUCUCAUGAAUUCAUGUUGAGUAUUUUGGCCGAGGCUGAAGAGUACGGUACGACUUUAGCAUUGCAUACCAAUGUAGCCAAUGCUCGAAUCGUUGACAACCGUAUUCACCUAUAUGCAUCAGGUAUAUGGAUGGAUUGCAAUACUGUCAUAAACUGCGCUGGGCUGUGGGCAGAUCAAAUAGCUCGACUCUUACAUAGCAAAUCCAGCUCCAAAUGGCAGCCUCCCCGGCAGUUCUUUGCACGCGGGACAUAUUUCCGGCUCCGGGGGGCAUCCCCAUUCCAUCAUUUGGUCUAUCCAUUACCGGAUCCAGAAGGUGGUUUAGGUGUGCACGCAACGUUGGAUCUUCAAGGUCAAGUCAAAUUUGGUCCGGACGUAGAGUGGCUCGACGUCGACACAGAUCCAGAUACUCUUGACUGGAAAGCCGAUCAGGGACGAGCCGAGCGCUUCUACGCCUCGAUUCGACAGUAUUGGCCCAACCUUGCCGACAACUUCCUUGAACCCGACUAUACAGGCGUACGUCCAAAACUCGAGCACCCGAAUCUCAUCGUCGGUGAUGACCUUCCCUUUGCGGAUUUUCGAAUCGCCAGCCCGCGCGAGCAUGGAAUACCGGGAUUGUAUCACCUGUUUGGAAUAGAAAGCCCAGGUUUGACGAGUGCCAUGGCACUUGCCGAGCACAUUGCCCAAUCUUUAGAAUGCUAG